UUUUUGUCUGUUUGCCUCGCCGGGAUUUGUGAUUUCGACAGGAUGUAUUGCAUCAUCCGAUUGCUGUCGCUGCUGCUUCUGGUUGCCUUUGCAGCUGGGCAAGAAGAGCAACGCGAUAAACGCGCCACGGUGACCAUUGACUUUGGUCUCCUGUUGCGCAAUCUGCUGCAGAAGAGCGCUCAAUUGUCCAGCGCCAAGGUGAACAUUACACGCACCUUGGCCAAUGCGGCGACCACGCGACGUCCGAUGAUGAUGCCCACAACGACGACGACGACGACGACAACGACAACAACGACGCCGCCUCCUCCGCCACCUCCGCCGCGUCCCUGGCCACGACCCUAUUACGGUCACGGUCCAGGGUGGUGGCCACGUCCUGGCUACGACCUUGGCUACUCCCCCUACGACUACGACUACGGUCCAGCCCCGCCGCCACGUCCCUCGCGCGUCCGUCCGCCGCCGCGUCCCGUGAGUCACUAUGACUACUUUGACUACGACGUGGACUCGGGGCCAGCUGGACCACCACCGACUACUGCAGCGCCACCGCCUCCACCACCGCCGCCGCCGCCACCUCGUCGUCGUCCUCGUCCGCAGUCGCCACCGCCUCCGCAGCCCCAAGCACCACCUCCGCAGCGUCGUCCUCGACCGGGAUCGCAGCUGGGUGACCAUCUGAUCUAUCAGUACGCACAAUCGACUGAUACCUUCUCUAAGCCCCGCUUCUUUGCGGACGAGGUGGCGGCUGCGGCUGCGGCAGUUGGCGAGGACGAAGCACCAGCGGGAGAUGGAAAUGAAAAUGCUGACGAUAAUCCCACGGACAACAACGAUGUGAAUGAUGCGCCCGAUGGAGCCGACACCGACUCGGACAGCGACAGCGACACCGAUCAGCAGCAGCCUCCCAACAAAUUCCUAGUGAACUAUCCGGGUGAGGAUUACUUUGUGCAACGACAGCCGCUGGGUCUGGCCAACCCUGGCCUGGGAUAUUCACCCUUCAACAGCUUCCCAUCUGCAUCCGGUUCUGCAAUCCCCUCCUCAGCAUCUCCAGGAGCGCCGUCGAGUUACUUUUAGGUCGACAUCGACAUUAUCCUGUGCUUACCACUCGGGCUCUUUUUUGUG